UUCACGCAAGUAGCGCGCACAGCUAUAUAGCCAAACAUCGGAUAUUAUUUAUUUCUUUUAUCUUUUAUUAUUAAUUUCCCGUGACUUAAAACCAACUGUGGGAUGUGUCGCGAGUACUGUUUGCCUAAGUUGCUCUACAUGUUUCAUAAUAAUUCCCCAUUUAAGUGUUCAACAUGUUCUCUAUCAUGGUUAAUUUUGGAAAUUUUAUCUGCAAUCACAUUACAUUUGUUUUUAUGUAAUUGUGUCAGACAGACUUAGUUUAUUUAAGUGCGGAUAUAAAACGUCGUCGUCAUAUACAUGUAACGUUGGUAGCGAACAUAUUAAGUAAUGUUGAAAAUUUCGAGUAAAAAUGAACUUGAAGUGAAAGAUUGGUGUGUUAUAUAUGUGGAACACUAAUAGCGAACGUAUUAAUAUAGAUAUGAUCUUUUAUUUCGUAACGAGAUAUGCAGUUUGGUGAUAGCAUGGCCGGAUUCGGACAUUGUCAUCGAGUGCACAACCCCUAUCAUUAUUCACACGGCGAUUCUCGUCAAGUUUUUCAAUUGUCUCUUUAACAAUCACAAGAUCAAGAGUCUUUUGGUUCAAAUGAGGGAUAACUGGAAUUUGGCAACAUUCGACGCUCAGGUGCGAAUUUUAACGUACAUGGACGAAGGCAAGAAACUGAUCAAGGCGUACUCAGCUAUAAUAUAUGGCAGCAUGUUCAUGUACAUGAUUUUACCCGUCACACCGUCCAUCAUAGCGUUUUUUGCGAACGCCAAUCAGACACAAAUGUACGGCGUAAUCUACCACGCGGAGACGAUCUUCGACGUGAAGAAAUACUACUACUUCAUCCUACUGCAUUCUUAUUAUACCACUUUCUUUUUGAUGACCAUUCCGGUGGCGACGGACUCCAUGUUGAUAAUUUACGUGCAACACGCCUGCGGUCUUUUCGAGGUCAUAGGAUAUGAAUUGGAAAAUAUGAAACAGGAUGACAACAUCUACAUUAACGCUUACCCGCGACACGAGGACGACGAGAAUUAUCGUAUAAUUAGCAACAGCGUCGCGAAGCACGUAAAAGUUUUACAGUUUGCUAAAUUAUUUGCGUCUACAUAUAGCAUAUCUUUGUUUAUAAUGACGUUACUAAACACAGUAUUCAUAGCAUUCAGCGGAAUACAGGUGGUGAUCAACAUGGAUCGACCUUUGGAGGCAUUAAGAUUCACGGUUGCGGGUUUGUGUUUGGUCUUGCAUUUUCUCUUUCUCAGCCUGCCAGGUCAGAAAUUGAUAGACCAUAGUUCCAAAGUACAUGAAUCCAUGUGA